AUGUCUUCCAAUGAUGUACAAAAGGGACUUCAGGGACGCUCUCAAGACAGUAACCCAACGAGUUUCUCGAAAAAUAUUUCACCGUCUCCUCCCACUGAUCCAGUAACCAGAACACAGAGGGCAAAAGAACAAGCCGUAAUCAAACAACAGCAACAACGAUCUCGGAAACAAUCACCGCCUGGACUCCCACCAGCUACAAAGUCUGAAGAGAAACUUGGGAUAUCGCAUCCUCUCAAAAGUCGACUAUCAGAUCAUCACUCAGACCAUCAUCUCAAGAAGCAACAGCAACAAAACUUGCCCAAGCCCAAACUGUCCAAGGAGAACUUGAAGCACCUCCAAAGCCAGCUGGGUAGUUCCACCCAGAGGGUAAAGGGAGACACAGAGAGAUUAGGAACCGAAUUCACUGAUUCGGAGGUACAACGAGAAUCUACAAUAAUGACCACAUCUACAGUGGCAUCCGCAACUUAUCGCUAUACAACCAUGGUCAGGGCCAACAUCUUUGUCCAACGUCUUGCACUGCCAGCGAACAUCCACCUCCGCGUGAAUGCCAUCUUCAAUGGUCAGGUAUCGGUUAACAGGGCGAGUGAGCUAUACGAUAUCGCGAAAAGUGUGACCCAUAAGAUGAUGAUCCAUAUGCGAACAAACACUCAGGAAGUUGAUUACCUCAAAGUCAUCGUCGAUGGUCUAGAGGCCAUGGACUCAGAAGAAGCGUUUCUUUUUUCCGGGCAGUGCAGAUGGGAUCCAAUCCUCCAACCCCAAGCCCAACCGCUGAGCAACUCACUGUCAACCAGCUUCGCGCGUGUGGAAGAGGCCAACGACGAGCUCCAGUAUACCUCACAACGAUCUCGGAAACGACAGCAUACAGAUUCGCCCUCCGAUGCCGUAUUCGAGGCAACAGCACAACAAACUGAUGAGACCGGUAAUGUCAAGUUGCCUUGCUCAGAUUAUACCAUGGGCCUCGCGACGUCGACGCUGGCAGAGGCCCUGUCCAAGCACGGGGUUUCCGUCUUGCGAGCGACCAACUUUCUGGACGAACUUGAGGGCAGGGAAGGGUUCCGGCCGCAUCCGUCCAGGGGGCCCAUGGGGUAUUGGUUUCCGACCCUGGUCAUCGAAACCAAGGCGCACUCCACCGGGAGGACUCCGUUCGAGGCCGAGAAUCAAGCUGCCGUGUCCGCGUGCUACGUGAUCAAAGCUCUACAGCGGUUCGCCGACUCGUACAUUGAAGCGGUGCAAGGUAGUAGUGGUCCGCCACCACCGUGCGGCAGAGAAUCACCACUCGUCUUCUCCAUCACCUCAUGCGGACCGCUGCUACAACUCUGGGUCCACUACGCCUUGAUGGAAGACAAUCGCACAUUGUACUACAUGAACAUCCUCAAGUCAUGUCACGCCUGUGUCGUCAGUGAGCUGGAAGCCUUCCUUUCGAUGGUCGAACAACUCAUGGCCUGGAAUAAGAAGGAGGUCUUGCCUGAGGUGACGAAACAACUGAUUAAGUUGUCACAAAGCCUAGGCAUGUAA